CUAGGAAGUGACGACAGCGCCGGCGGAUGACGGACAAGAAGCGGAGGUCGCUGCGGUGUUUGAGCGCUGCGGAGGCGCCACCGUCGCUAACGCUGUCGUCGCCGCCGCCUCAGUGGACAGAAGGGCGUCCGAGCUGCUCGCAGACCAUCGGUGCCCAGACAGGUUAUUGGAGAAGAUGGCAUUUAGUAAAGGAUAUCGUAUCUAUCACAAACUGGAUCCACCACAGGGUCCUUAUAGUGUAAUAGUAGAAACCCGAAAUCGAGAUGAUUGUUUGAUGUUUGAAUCCGGAGCUGUGGCUACUCUGUCAUCAGCUGAGAAAGAAGCUAUCAAAAACAUGUACACCAAGCUCCUAGAUGCUUAUGGCCUUUUAGGUGUUUUGAGGUUGAAUCUUGAUGACAAUAUGUUACAUUACCUUGUGUUGGUAACUGGCUGCAUGUCGGUGGGAAAGAUACAAGAUUCUGAAGUCUUCAGAGUCACCUCUACCGAGUUCAUUUCUCUUCGAAAUGAACCACUGGAUGAGGAGCGCAUCUCCGAAGUACGCAAAGUUUUGAAUUCUGGAAGCUUCUAUUUUGCUUGGUCUUCCAGUGGCGUCAGUCUGGAUUUGAGUUUGAAUGCUCAUCGUAGAUUUCAAGAGCAUUCAACGGAUAAUCGAUUUUUUUGGAAUCAGGCAUUGCAUUUGCACCUGAAACAUUUUGAUGUGAAUUGUGAUGAAUGGGUGCUGAGACUCAUGUGUGGAGGAGUGGAAAUCAGGACAAUCUAUGCUGCUCACAAGCAAGCAAAGGCUUGUUUAAUUUCACGUCUCAGCUGUGAAAGAGCGGGAACAAGAUUUAACGUACGGGGAACAAAUGACAAUGGACAAGUAGCUAACUUUGUUGAAACAGAACAGGUGAUAUUCUUAGAUGAUUGUGUCACCUCAUUUAUUCAGAUCCGUGGUUCUAUCCCAUUGUUCUGGGAGCAACCGGGACUUCAGGUUGGAUCCCAUCGUGUUCGAAUGUCCAGAGGGUUUGAAGCCAAUGCACCUGCUUUUGACAGACAUUUUAGAACACUGAAAAAGCUAUAUGGGAAGCAAACUAUAAUCAAUUUGCUAGGAGUGAAAGAAGGAGAGCACAUGCUCAGUAAAGCGUUCCAGAGUCACCUGAAGGCCUCUGAACAUGUUGCAGAUGUUCCAAUGGUGAAUUUUGACUACCAUCAGCAGGUAAAGGGUGGAAAGGCAGACAGACUUAUAAGUGUACUGAAACCCAAACUGGAUUCAUUUCUGGAGGAGUGCGGCUUCUUUUAUUAUGAUUCCCAUGAAGUUCAAAGGUCCCAGACUGGUACUAUCAGAACCAACUGUCUUGAUUGCCUCGACAGAACAAACAGCGUUCAGGCUUUCUUUGGGCUGGAGAUGCUUCACAAGCAGUUAGAAAUUCUAGGGCUAGGUGAUAAGCAGCAAAUGGUCACAAGAUUUCAAGAAGUCUUCCGUUCCAUGUGGUCAAUGUGCGGUGAUUCAAUAAGUAAAAUUUAUGCUGGCACUGGAGCACUGGAAGGCAAAGCUAAGGGUGGAAAGUUUAAGGAUGGAGCUCGCUCAGUGACAAGAACUAUUCAGAAUAAUUUCUUUGACAGCUCUAAGCAGGAGGCUAUUGACAUCUUAUUACUUGGUAAUACGUUAAACAGUGACUUGGCAGAUAAAGCUCGUGCUCUUCUAACGACUGGCUAUUUACAUGUUCGAGAAUUGACACUUCAAUCAGCUUCCACUCAAGUUUUACAUGGUAUGUGUGAAAACUAUCAUAAGUAUACCAAACCAAAACGCAUCAGAGUCUGUGUUGGAACCUGGAAUGUGAAUGGUGGAAAGCAAUUUCGCAGCAUCGCUUUUAAGAAUCAAACGCUAAAUGACUGGCUAUUGGAUGCACAGAAAAAAACUAAUGUUCAGGAGUUACAAGAUAAGGGGAGCAGACCUGUAGACAUAUUUGCUAUUGGAUUUGAAGAAAUGGUUGAGCUGAAUGCCGGAAAUAUUGUAAGUGCAAGCACCACUAAUCAGAAAUUAUGGGCAGCUGAGAUUCAGAAGAGUAUCUCGAGGGACUGCAAAUAUGUACUUUUAGCUUCUGAGCAACUCGUGGGUGUUUGCCUCUUUAUUUUUAUCCGACCACAACAUGCUGCAUUUAUCAGGGAUGUCGCAGUGGACACUGUGAAGACUGGAAUGGGAGGAGCUACUGGUAACAAAGGGGCAGUUGCUGUCCACAUGCUGUUCUAUACCACCAGCCUUUGCUUCCUCUGUGCCCAUUUUGCUGCAGGACAGUCGCAAGUCAAGGAAAGGAAUGAGGAUUACAUUGAAAUAGCUCGCAAACUGAGCUUUCCUAUGGGGAGAUUACUAUUUUCUCAUGAUUAUAUAUUUUGGUGUGGAGAUUUCAAUUACCGCAUUGAUCUUCCGAAUGAAGAAGUAAAAGAACUGAUAAGACAACAGAAUUGGGACUCUCUUCUGUCAGGCGAUCAACUUAUUAAUCAAAAGAAUGCUGGAUAUAUUUUCCGGGAAUUUCUGGAAGGUAGAAUAAAUUUCCCUCCAACUUACAAAUAUGACUUGUUCUCUGAUGAUUAUGAUACAAGUGAAAAAUGUCGGACUCCUGCUUGGACAGAUCGAAUUCUUUGGAAAAGAAGGAAAUGGUCUGUUGACAAAUCAGGUAUGAUAACCAUUUUUUUGCAAGACAUUUACAUUUCUAACCCUUGUCUUUUACUGAUUCCCACUAAUACCAGUAUUCAGGAUGAACCUAAAUUAACGAGUUCAUGGAGUCCUGGAACAUUAAUAUAUUAUGGACGUGCAGAAUUAAAAACAUCGGAUCAUAGGCCUGUGGUUGCCAUUAUAGAUGUAGACAUAUUUGACAUUGAUCCUGAUGCACGACAAAGAGUGUACAAGGAAGUUAUUGCUGAGCAAGGACCUCCAGACGGCACAGUGGUGGUAUCACUGACCAGCACCUCCUCAGACCAUUACUUUGAUGAUAACUUGAUAGACCAUUUGCUUCAACAGUUUGCUGCAUAUGGUGAUGUUAUUUUGAUAAGGUUUGUAGAAGACAAAAUGUGGGUGACAUUCUCAGAAGGUAGUUCAGCUCUUGCAGUGCAGAAAUUGAGUGGCACCGAGGUUCUGGACAGGACUAUUGGUAUCUGUCUGAAGAAUCUGGAUUGGAGCAGCAGAUUAGAGGAAGAGAUGAGUCUAGAAAAAAUUAGCCCUGGUUUACCUGUCUCUACUAGUUCUACACUGCUGGGAGAGGAUACUGUUGUAUCUGCUGACUAUGAUAUGGAAGGUGACGUGGAUGACUAUAAUGCUGAAAUCUAUGAAAUCCCUCAGCAUUUGCAGCCUGCCUCUGGUUCAGGUUCAGGGACUUCUCCUAGUUCGACACCCAGGACGAGUCCCUGUCCUUCACCCACAAUGCAAGAGGCACUUCCACCAUUACUGCCGAGCAGACCUAGUCGUGCAACCACAAGGGGUUCCACAUUACAACAAGAACAGUCACAUCAAGUUUCUUCAGAAUUACAACAAGUUCCAACACAAAAGGAAAGUUGUCAGGCGCUGGAACCAAAACGAGCACCACCGCCACGUCCUGCAGUCCCUCCUUCAAGACCUGUCCCACCACAAAGACCACCUCCUCCUACAGGAGCAAGAAGCCCAGCACCUUCUAGGAAAGAGUUCAAAGGUGCUGGGGUACCUGUCAGUCCAGGGUUAGCUAGAAAGGAAAUGGAAGUGCCCAAAAGCCCAGCACAAGGCAGAAAAGAACCAGAAGGUCGUGGUCAACCAUCUCCUCAGGCAAUCAUGAGUUCAGCUAAUGCAGGAGCUGGUGCAGCUUCUAGACUGAACAUAUCACCACGAGCUGGUGUAAAUCAUGCAUCUUUCAAGCCAGCGGCAGGACUACCACCUUCAGAGGCUCUCAGUAAACCAGAACCUUUAAAAGGAUCGAUGCUCCUGCCUGAACCACUCAAGCCAAAGGCUGCUACUCUUCUUCCAUCUCAACCUCCCUCGAUAAAUUCCCAGAAGCUACAAGAACCUCUUAAACCAAUUGGCUUGAAACCAAUUUCCCAGACACCGCCCCCUUUUCAUAACAUAGAUCAUCUUGCACCACAAGCUCCACCCCGCAGCAAGUCUGCCCAGAACCUGCCAGUAGAACCUGUCACAACAGAGCCGCUUAAGGCCAAUAUUAAUGGAAUUAACAAUGGAGAAACAUCCAGCAUUGAUCCUUUUGCUGACCUUUCACUUGACCGGCUUGCUGAUCCAUGGACAAAGACCCAGUUAUCAAGUGGAAACACUCAAAUGCAGCCAGCAUUUGCUUGUAUAUCUCCAAAUUUGUGCCAGCAACAAUCCAUCCAACCCAUUGCAUCAAUGCAACCUAAUUGCAUGUCAUUUGUACCUCCUAUUCCCCCACGAAGUAAAUCACAGGAGAGCUUCCAAGCCUCUCCAAUGGCUUUCAACUUCUUAGCUGAUGGAAACCCUUUCACUGGAAAAACUGGUUACAAUCCAUUUAGGACUGAUGGUCAAAAUGUUCAGAAACCUGCAAUUGCAUCACAGCUAUCUGUACAAAGUAGCAGCAGUUACCCUGUUUUAUCUGCUAACAUGACUCCUGGAGUUGGAAUUGGAAGAGCUGCCUUCUUGUCAAAUCCUUUUGUAGACAACAAUGUCCUUCCAAGUAAACAUGCAAAUGACAAAAUGCCAAUCAGUGGGUGGGUGACCUUUGAGGAUAAUGACUUUGGUCUAAAAGAAAAACAACUAUCAACAGGUGAAAAAAAAUGUGAUUCCCAGGAUCAAUGGAAUGAAAAUAUUAAUAAUUUGUCACUAAAGAGCACACAGAAAUUAUUUCCAGGUACCGAUUUUGGGUUUGGCAAUGACUGGAACACAAGUAACACAGCAACUGGUGCAACAGUACCUGUACCAACUCGAAGAGCACCACCUCCUGUACCUUUGAGAUCAAAUGUCAUCAUUCCAAUCCUGCCUUUUAACUCCGAGGCACCUGCCUCUUUAUCAAAACAAGACUUCACUGAAAGAUGAAAGGUAUUCCAAUAAGGCAGGCUGAUUUAAAAAAGAUGUUAUUUGUAAUUUGAAUUCUUUAUUGGGACAUUACACGUGCAAUAUGUGUUUAAAAGAUGUUUAAACUGUACCAGGUUAGUAUUGGUGUUAAAAUAUUGGUAACAGCUUUGAAUGGCUAAAAAAUAUUAUAAUAUUUUGUUAUGGGUCCAUGUUUUAAAUUUGUCAUUUCCAGGAUAUCAGCAAAUGAAUGUUAUAGUAGGAACUGACCUUUUGCAAGAUGCAGUAAAAAUGACUUGUGCAAGAAGAAAUUAUAAAGCUUCAAGUGAUAUAACUUGAGUUAUUAAAAUAUUAAAUCAUUCUGGUUAAAGUAAAAUUUGCAAACUCGUCCGAGAAAUUUCUGUUCAAAUUUGCUCUGUUCAAAUAUGAUGUUUGUGUUAUAACUUACCAUAGUUCAAAUUUGAGAUAGUCCAGUGGUUCUGAGAUUUCACCAUUUUCAUCCUUAAUAACACAUAACUUCAGUAUUCUCUUUAUAAAAAAAAAAAAACCCAAUUGUUUCUCCCAUUUGGGUAAAACAAUAGACAUUGCUAUGUCAAAUACUUGACAUUUAAAAUAAAACUCUGCUUUUGUUUUCCUUGCUGCACACUGCUCUAUAUUUAAAAGAUGCUUUGAAUUAAUGAACUGGGAUAUUUUGUGUUUUCAUCUCUGGCUUUUGUCCAACCACCUGCAAAUCACCACCCCCCCCCCCCCCCCCCCCCCCAACCUCACCUGUAGACUGGUUUUGUUCUGCACCAACUUCUCUUCUAGCUUUCUCCCCAAUAUUACACCCAGAGAUGCUGCCUGACGCAGAGUUACUUUUUCUGGUAAACCAACAUCUGCUGUCUCUUGUGUCUACAUAUUAUAGUUGUUACUUGGCGAGAAUGAAACUGCUCUAAUAAUGAUUUUGCAGUUGUUAUGACUAUCAGUAAGUUGGAUUUUUGAGUUCUGUAAGCAAUUGAAUUAAACUGACAUUUUCCUUUGCAUCAUGGCAACCACUACUGACGCCAAAGAUUGCAAUAUUUGUGGAAUUGCAAGACAUGUCCAAUACACUUAAUAGCUUAUAUGGAAUCCAUCAGACAGUCUCAAGAAGUGUCUUGACACGAAACUUCAUCAAUACCUUCUCUCCAGAGAUGCUGAGUAAUCCAGCACAAGGUAGUCAAAAAUUCUGGAGAAACUCAGGGGGUGAGGCAGCAUCUAUGGAAUGAAGGAAAUAGGUGACGUUUCAGGUCGACUGAUGUGGGGCUGGCGGGGGGGGGGGGGGGGGUGGGAAGAAAAAAGGAAGAGGCAGUGGGCUGUGGGAGAGCUGGGAAGGGGAGGGGAAAGAAGGAGAAAGCAGGGACUACCUAAAAUUGGAGAAGUCCAUGUUCAUACCACUGGGGUGUAAACAACCCAAGCAAAAUAUGAGGUGCUGCUCCUCCAAUUUACGGUGGGCCUCACUCUGGCCAUAGAGGAGACCCAGGACAGAAAGGUCGGAUUCGGAAUGGGAGGGGGAGUUGAAGUGCUGAGCCACCGGGAGAUCUGGUUAGUUUUUGCGAACCGAGCAGAGGUGUUGGGCGAGGCGAUUGACAAGCUUGGUCUCUCCAAUGUGGAGCAGCUGGCAUCCAGCAUAUAUCUUUGGUGUAAACCAGCAUCUGCAGUUCCUUCCUACACAUUAAAUCCCGUAAGCCUAAUUUGCCUACAUUCUGUAACUACCUGGAAGAAAAAUAGUAAAUUGCUCAUUAAUAAUUAAACCUUAUUCCUCAACAGAUAUAUCUGCAUCAAAGUUCAGCUAACGCCAACUGUAAUGACCAUCGCUGAAAUUUAUAGCCCAUUGAGUCAAAAAUAAACUGCAUUUUAUUACUAAAACGUGGAUUUUCAUUUAAAAUUCACAUUUGGUAGUUGGUUCCUAAUAUAUGUUGAUAAGCACACUUAGCCUGUGCCCCACCCAUGUUACCUAAAAAUUAAUUUUAUAUAAGAAUGUCCUAUCUAAAAAAACAAUUUUAUAAUAUAUGUCAUUAGAUAUACAUAUAAGUAACCUCUUUGAGCCUAUUUGCAAUUUAAGACAUUAGACUGUAAUUUAGUUUAUGAAAGAAUAUGUUUUAUAAAGGAUUCAUUAACCUGCACAAACCAAGGUUGUGACAUAGUGUAGCAGGGCUACUGAAUGAGAUUCAAUCCUGUAACAUCAGAAACGAUUUGCAACAUAUUAACCAUGUCUGUACUACGUUCUAAUAUAUUUAGCACAUUACUACUUUCCUUUUGUUUUUCACUAUGCAAAUGCAUUUAAGGUUAUUGAUGAAACAGGCAGUCUGUGUUCUAUGAUGCACUUCUAUAUAUCCAAUUGUAAUAAAUAAAAAAAUACGUAUUAAGAUAUCUGUUUAAAGUACGUAUUAAAAGAACCAGCAAAUGAUUUAUUGGAUCUUUUCAAAACUGUCCUGGAUUUCGAAUUUCAUUCUGAACAAUUUGAAAAUGGAACUGGCUUUUCAUCACGUGAGAAAUGUAACAAAAAUGUUGGAAGUUUAAAAACUGAAUCUUGCAGCCUUGCUUUAGAUAGUGAAUUGGCUAAAUACUCACUACUGAUAUCCACAUGGUAUAAUAAUGCUUGUUGCUGCUGUUCUUGCCUGUGGUGUAAUGGAUAAUCCUUUUUUUUUUUUUUAAUUAUCCAGUUCCAUUUCAACUGAAUACACCACUUCCAUGUUUAACUCUUCAUUUAAGUUUUUUUUUAAAUCUCAAUGUGCAAGUAUUGGACUGCUGGUGUGCAAAUUCUCAAUUUGUAAUUGUUGAGUGAUCCACUGACUUCUGUGGUUUAUGAUGGGGCUGCAGCAAAUGUAUUUUGCAACAAUUUAAAAUAGUGUUUACAAAAUUGUAACUGCAAUGUUUCAGUGUGGUAUCCUGGCUGUUUAUAGUUUUUAUAAAGUCUCCUUAUCUUUAAAGUGUCUCUCAAUGCAUAUCAAUAACCUUACAAUUUAAACUUGGUAUUAUGUUCAGUGGAUAACAUGUCUAAAGCUUUUGCUAAAGACUGCAAUGUUGAUUUUAAUGUGUGCAUAGUAAAUUGUACAUAUCAUGCAAUGUUUGAGGUGUAUCUUCAUUCAAUAAAUGUCGCUUUGUCCUAUAAA